AUGGUAUUUUCGUGUUGUGUGAAAGGUUGUAGAAGUGAAAGUUACCCUGGAUGUGGUUUGUCAUUCCAUAGUUUCCCGGUGAAGGAAGAUGCACUGAAAGCAUGGCUCAAAGUAGUUCCGGUAAAAGGAUCUACUAAAUACAAAAAAGUUUGCUCUAACCAUUUCAAAAGUCAGGAUUUUGUUAUCCAAGGAGCCAGAAAGCGCUUAACAGCCAAUGCAGUGCCAUCAGUUCUAGUAACGAUGCCCAUGGAAACUGUGAAGGUGAUCAGUAACAUUCAAAUAAAACCACCAAACAUCAUGGCUCACCAAGAUGUUCCAGCUAAUUCAAUGAAAAUUGAUAUGUGUUACGAGUCAGUGCCAAAUACAUCUUCUCAGGAAAUCACAUUAAGAAAGCGACCAUUAUCUGAUUUGAGCCCUUCACUCAAUAUUCCCCAAUCGAAUAAAAGGAAAUGUGUCGCGCAUAAGUAUGUACAAACAUCAAGAGGUAAAGAAAAUAGUCAAAUAAAAAGAGAAGUUAAAAUUCUUAAACAAAAAUUAAAACGCAGAGAUUUGAAGAUUACGUCGAUGAAAAAUCUUCUUAGUGUAGUGAAAAAAAGGACUAUGCAUUAUGAAGAUAUUGAGAGUAUCAUUAGAGAUCAUUUUUGCAAUAUUUAUUCAGAAUUUAAACCUAAAAAUAAAUCUAAGAUAUCACCAGGUGUAAGAUAUAGCAAGGAACUUAAGCAGUUUGCUCUAACUCUUAAUUACUAUUCUCCACGGGCAUACAGAUUCUUGCGCACAUGCAUUAAUUUGCCACAUCCUGCUACAAUUCGCAAGAUGCUUUCUUCUGCAGAGUGUAAUGUCGGUUUCCUUAAGGAAGUUUUUGAAUUUUUAAAAUUAAAUGUCCAAACGAAUCCCGCUUUAAUUCAUGUUGCCCUGAUUUUUGACUCAAUGGCUAUUAAAUCGGAGCUCGUGUAUGAGAAAAACUCAGAUAAAACUUGGGGUUAUGUUGAUUUGGGUGGAAUUGAAAAUGUAGAUUCCUAUGAAGUGGCGAAAGAAUCUUUAAUUUUUCAAAUAGUGUCAUACACAAGUAGGUUCAAAUGCUGUAUAGGCUACUUUUUAAUAAACAAAAUAACAGCUACUAUCCAGUCGCAGUUAGUUCAUACAGCUAUAAAAAUGUUGCAUGAUAUCAACAUAAUCGUUCAUUCGAUAACAUGUGAUGGUACUGUGAGGGAGAUCAGUGCCAUAAGUGAGAAAUGUGCAGUAUUUCAAGACACGUACGUUAAAAAAGAUGAUUUAAAAUUUGAAUUUGAUAAGUAUCAUAAGAAUACACGAGGGCAACUCAUAAGUCACCCUAAUGUCAAUAGCAAGAGAGGCGGUUCUUGCUUACAAGAUAGCCCCGACUGUGACAGCGGGCCGAUGGGCUUAAUGACCGUCCGUAACGAUAAUUAUACGUCGACAAUGACAGUGCAAAAACAGAUAGGUGAUCACCUGUCUUUGUCGGACGCGAGCGCUUGCGCGGUGGAGACAGAUAAGUCUGUCCUAUUCACACACGUGCAACAAGUGGCACAUCAAGAGUACGUGGAGGCCCCUCGUCAAGUAACUGCGGUUUCGAAUGCACACGAGGCAAAUGCAUUUGAGGCGCCCGCGCACCUAUCCUUGUCAUGCGUGAGCGAUACGGAGGCGGAAGAUCAUAAAGCUGUCUCUGUCGCUCCCGUAUUAAGGUCGGAGAUGGCGACUCGAGCGCUUGUCUCGUCUGAGUCAGCUGGUGUGAUGACGUCGUGCAAUGUAGUGAAUGCAGAUAUACAAAGCGCCGUGAACAAGCAAGAUAAAAAUAAGCUGCUUUAUGACUCUUUAUCAAUACAAAUUGCUAUAAGUUAUUAA